AUUAGAGGAGAAAGAAAUCAAAUCAACUCGAAAUGAAAUAAAAUAAGAUUAAUUAAUUAAUUAAUUAAACGUUCUCUCUAGGCGUGCCCGCCCGCUCCGCCCCCAGCGUGGCGAAUGUGCGGCGGGUGAGGUGGGCGCGGCGGACGUCGGAGCAGCCCGGAGUGGAGUGGAGCGGUGCGGCCAUGGCUCUGCUGCGGGGUGUGUUCAUUGUUGCAGCAAAGAGAACUCCUUUUGGGACUUAUGGAGGUUUGCUGAAGGACUUCACAGCCACUGACCUAACAGAACAUGCUGCUCGAGCUGCACUGGCUGCUGGCAAGGUCUCUCCCGAGAUCAUCGACAGUGUUGUUGUAGGCAGUGUUAUGCAGAGCUCCGCAGAUGCAAUUUAUAUUGCAAGGCAUGUUGGUCUGCGUGUGGGGGUUCCUGUCCCAGUUCCAGCCCUCACUGUCAACAGACUUUGUGGCUCUGGUUUCCAAUCCAUUGCCAAUGGAUGUCAGGAAAUUUGCCUUAAUGAAUCAGAAGUUGUUCUAUGUGGUGGAGCUGAAAAUAUGAGCCAAGCACCGUACGCAGUUCGAAACAUUCGAUUUGGAACUAGAUUGGGAGCAGACCUCAAGCUGGAAGACACACUGUGGGCAGCUCUAACAGAUACACAUGUUAAAAUACCUAUGGCAAUUACAGCUGAAAAUCUGGCUGCAAAGUACAACAUCACGCGAGAAGACUGUGACCGAUAUGCUUUCAAAACGCAACAGAGAUGCAAAGCUGCUCAUGAUGCUGGUUACUUUAAUGCUGAGAUGGCACCAAUUGAAGUGAAAACCAAAAAGGGGAAAGAAAGUAUGCAAAAGGACGAGCAUCCCAAACCCCAGACCACUCUGGAACAAUUGGCAAAACUCCCAACUGUCUUUAAAAAGGAUGGAACAGUCACUGCUGGGAAUGCUUCAGGGGUAUGUGAUGGGGCUGGUGCAGUCAUCAUUGCCAGUGAAUCGGCGCUUAAAAAACACAGUCUUACUCCUCUGGCAAGAAUAGUAGCAUAUCACUCAUCUGGCUGUGAUCCUUCCAUAAUGGGCAUUGGCCCUGUACCUGCAAUUACUGAGGUUCUGAAGAAAGCAGGAUUGACCCUGAAGGACAUGGAUUUAGUAGAGGUGAAUGAGGCAUUUGCACCGCAAUACCUAGCUGUUGAAAAGGUUUUGGGCCUUGACCCUGAAAAAACCAAUGUCAAUGGAGGUGCCAUUGCGAUAGGUCAUCCUUUGGGAGCAUCAGGCUCACGGAUCACAGCUCAUCUGGUUCAUGAGUUGAGGCGUCGUGGUGGGAAAUACGCAGUUGGGUCCGCUUGCAUUGGCGGUGGACAAGGUAUUGCUAUUAUCAUUGAGAACACAGCCUGAGAGAUUCUGGAGACUGCAGUGUUGCCUGAAUUACUAAUUCCCAGAGAAACUACUGCCUUUUGUGACAACAGAGCAUCACUGCCUGCCUUCACUUUGUGCCAUUCCUGCAAGGUAAAGGAAUAGCUGAGAAGUCUGAAUUCUGAACAAAAGGAUUCAUUACUGUCUUUCUAACUAAAGGAAGUGUAAUAAUUUCACACUGAUGAAGUAUUUUCUAAAACCCUCUUUUCAAUCAAAAUUAAUGUAUUUCUGUAGGCGAAAUUAUUGUUUUCAUUUCCUGAGGAAAUUGUCUGUCAAACUUUCACCAAACCUGCCUUAAAAUAGUCAGUGUAGCUUUUUAAGCAAGUUUUGCUUAAACUCUUCUUAUUUCAGUUGCUGCUGCUGUCUGGCACGUGUGCCUCUUUUAUCAUCAGGAAAUGUUAAAAUUUAAUUGGAGACCUGAAGUAUAUACUGAUUGUAGAUUGAUGGCUAUAACCUGUACCCUGCUGGUUUACAAGGGCAAAUAAAUGAGCAAAAGCUGAAAUUUC